AGAGUCUUUGGCUCUCUCUCGCUGCGGAAAGCAACAAAGCAUAUCAAUACACACGCCGGCAGUCGAGCUCAGACACUCGCUCUGUCCGCAGCUCGCACUUCUGCAGGGUGAAUAAUCGCAGACAGCCGGUCGAUUUCCUCACGCGCUCAGUCAUCAACAUGUUUGGCCAGCGACCUAUGACAACUGGAACCCGGCAGGAGGAGGAGAUGGUCAGCAAGUCCAAAAGGCAGCUUGCAGUGACUUCCGACCCUUUAGAAAAACUGAGGCUCCAGUGUCUUUCUAGAGGAUCCACUGGGAUACUUGGUCUUGGAAGGGUUUUCCGCAGGAUGGACGACGACGGCAGUCGGUCACUGUCCUUGGAAGAGUUCAUCAAGGGCCUCGCAGACAGCGGGCUCGAUUUGACUGACGGCGACGCCGCCACCGUGUUUUCCACUGUUGACAAAGACAGCAGUGGGUCGAUCAACAUCGAUGAAUUUCUGCUUGCGCUCCGGCCUCCCAUGUCCGCCCUCCGACGACGAUUAAUCAAAGAAGCGUUUACUAAACUUGACCGCACCGGGGACGGUUUUGUUAGCGUCGAUGAUCUCAAGGGUGUCUACAGUGUGAAGCACAAUCCUAAAUACCAGAGUGGAGAACUAACCGAGGAGCAGGUGCUCAACCGGUUCUUGCAGAAUUUCGAAAAAGAUGGACUGAUUGAUGGAAAGGUUACUGAAGAGGAGUUUACAAAUUAUUACGCAGGAGUUAGUUCAUCCAUUGACAGCGACCCAUAUUUCGACCUUAUGAUGCGCCAGGCAUAUAAAAUCUAAUUUUUCAAAAUACAAAAGUAAAAUCAUAUAAAACGUAAUGUCAAAUUUACUUAUAUAACCCCCAUUUAUAUUUAGCCAAAACAUUAUUAGAUAUGUGUUUAAGUAAUCAUCAUUUAAUAAAGUACUUAAAGAGUAAUACAUUAUUUUAAAUGAUUUUAACUUACCAACUUGAAUCAUAAUAAUAUAUUAUGUGGUGCAGAGCAGUUGCAAAUUUGGGAGAAGACGUAUACUAAUUAUAUACUAUUCACUUAUUGUUUGACAAGCGUAAUAAUUAUUAUACAUUUGAAGAAU